AUUUAUUACAUAUAAAUAAUUGAAUGGUGUGUACCCAAAGUGAAAUAAGCAAAUAAAAAAAAUAAACCAGAAAAUCUUUGGUCUUUGCGUGGCGCUUAGCAGACGGCAAUUGUUCUGGUGCACAAUGUUUUGUGUGUAAACAAAUCGGUGAUAACUGAUAACACAUCACUCGAUGAUUCAGGAUUCAGUAUGUAAAGAGGGUACAGGAAAUAUUUUGCUGUUAAUUUAGCUUUGCACGUUGACCGUGGAAAGAUAUCAGUUCGCUAUUAUAGUAUUGUAUAGGUGAUUUGUAAAAUUCCCGCUAAAAGUGUUUGUGUAGUGGUUUUAUCUAGAAAAUAAUGAGAAUGUGACGGGAAACAGACUUAUAGUAGGACAUUAUACUGAAGUGAGAAUGGGGAGAAAGAGGAUAAGGGCGAGGAAGCGUUCAGGCCCGAAAGGAUUUAACCCUGUCAGCGCUAAUUUUAACCAGCAACCGAAACAGCAGACAUAUAUAAAGCGGAAACCACAGCCCUAUGUGAGUAGUACUCAGCAACUGGCAUCAGAGUCGGAUCACCCAUUGUCUGGAAGUACAACUACCCCGAAGGAAGCAAUAGAAGUGGACCUUACGGAUGAAGUGCUAAAUGUGAAACAUACAAAUGAAGCAAUAGUUGUGGACCUUACUAAAGAAGUGACAGAAGUGGAGAGUACAAAUGAAGUGAUAGAGGUGAACACUACGAAUGCAGCCGAGCUACUCGAUACACAACCCCGUAUUCUGUCAGAUACCUCACCUGAUCUCUGGCAUAAAGUUACCGUGAAACCAGCAGGAGGUGACAGAGUAGCUGUUCUCUAUGCCAUCAAUAGGCAAAUUUCUCCCCGGAAGCUCAUUCCAUAUUUUUUUUGUCUGGAGGAUGGACAUAUAACAUUCUUAGUGAAAAACUGCAGUGCUGCCCUCACAGCAUUGUUCAAACAGAACCUUAAAGUGCAAUACGGUCUUACUAAGAUUGAAUUGAAAGUCCAGCUUCGUGCCAAGAAAGUGAACCUCUCUGCAAUUCUGCAGAAAAUUAUCAGUGAAAGGCUCAGUUCUGACGGGACAUUCUUAGACCUGUCACACCUGACUAGCAUUCCUGAAUUCCAACAAGUGAUGUACGACCCAUCAGAAAACAUCCAUUUGCAGCAGCAGUUGCUGAAAACAGGAGAAAUGUUCCCGAACGUCGUUAGUCUCAGUCUUGCAGGAAAUGGGCUGUUCACACUGAGCCAUCUCGCCACUGUCUUUGCCGAUAAACUGAAGUGGUGCUCACUAAAAGUAUUAGAUCUGACUGACAACAAGAUUACGACAACUUCUGAUCUGGCGAUCUUCAGUUCUAUACCUAUCAGAGAAUUGUAUCUGAACAAAAAUCCUGUGUGCGGGAGACACAGAAAUGAUGAGACCUACAUAAGUGUCAUCAGAGUGAACUUCCCUCGUCUUAUUAAAUUGGAUGGGGCUUACCUUCAACGCACUCCGGGCUUACCUCGGUGGCGGCCAAAUUACAUUUUCUGUAGGAGCGGGGGCAACUCGGGUGAGCUCGCCGACCAGUUUCUCGAGCAUUUUUUCACACUGUACGAUGGUGAGGAUCGGACUUGGCUGUGGGAACUCUACCACGAGGAUGCCUACUUCUCACUCUCUAGCAUGUACCUUCCUGAUCAGAGCACAUCACGCGAUGCAAGGCUGAGCUCAUACAUAGCAGAGUGCCGUAACCUCUUGCACACUUCUGCCAAGCUGAGGUCAAAGACUGCACUGGCCCAUGGGGCAGAGAAGGUCAUCAUGAGAUUAGAGAAGCUGCCAAGGACUCGACAUGACCCGUACUCCUUCACUGUAGAUCUUCUACAUGAUUCUGACAAAAGUACUAUAUUGACUGUUACGGGCGUGUUCAAAGAGCAAAAUCCAAAACAGAAGACAUCACCUCGACAUUUUAUGCGCACAUUUGUCCUUGUCAGACGACCAAAUGGUGAAUACCAGAUAGCAAAUGACAUCAUGUAUGUUACAAAUGCAACAACAGAUGAGGCAGAGGAUGCAUUUAGAUUCACAAAGCCAAAUACAAACCUAAAGAAAAUCAGGCCACCAAGGGAAGUAACAGAGAGUGAUAAAAAUUCCAUGACAGAAAGGUAUUCACAACUUACCAACAUGACGUCUGAGUGGUCACACAAGUGCCUGGAAACUGCGCACUGGGACCUAAGAAAAGCGCUCCUAUCAUUCAUUGAAAUGUACAAAGCAGGCAAAAUUCCAGUAGAAAGAUUCAUAAAAGCAAAAGAAGCUGCAAAAUCUUAAAAAGGGAAAAGCUGUAGACCUUUGAAUACCUGUGUCUGUAUAGUACUUGAACCAGCUACUGACAAAUGUUACACGCAUUGUGAAUGUGGUAAUUGCUGUAACUGCAGCAGCAUUAUUCCAGAAAAAGGUGCUGCAACUUAGUUUUGUGACUGGUUAGUGCAGGUUUAUCAGCAGGGAGCAGUAUGCUGAGAGUAGUUAAUCCAAUGUGCAUUGUGUCAAAAGAAAAAUUCAGUCGAAAAAAAUAUUAAAUUAUGAGACAAAAUUACUAGGCAGUCCUUACCUUCAGCACUGCUGAUACACACUAUCCUAACUUUUGGAACUACUAGUUUCUUUCUCAGAGAUUAGAACACCAGUUGACAACUCAACACUUCUCCUAUUUGGCGAGUUGUCUCCUUUACCUCUAAAUUAUUUUGUCUCCUUUACUUCUAAAUUAUUUAUCUCCCUCUUCAACUAACUUUGACUUGUGUGCCUUGCCAAUGCCAGUGAAUAUUGGUCAUUUUUGCUGGAUGUAGGUCUCAUAACAGGCUUCACAGAAAAUAAAAUCAGCAGUUUACACCAAAUGACACUAAGAAGACAAAUUCUUCAGACAACACAAAUUUAUUAAUGAAAACCUGGUGCCAAUCAACAUCGCUUUGGCUCAGUAACCUACAUAAACAAAGUAUCACUGAUUAUUCUUCAAUAUUAAUUUGUUACAUGCAACAUUCAUAUUAUUAAAUUAUAUUUUGUAAAUACGAUAUCCAUAGUUUCCAUGACAUCCCAAAACUGGGGAGCUACAAAAUGCGUAUGCUCAUCUGUCACUGCUAUCUUGGCCGUGUGUUGUUGCUUUUUGGACACCUGCUUAUAAGCACAAAUUUGUAGCCCCACACUGUGUCAUAGCACCCUCUCAUAUUAUAGUGUGAGUGAUUUUCCCUCCCUUUUGAAUGUUCCAUAGCUUAUUUCUCUCUCCUUCUUUGAGGAAGGAUCUAAUAGUUCUGAAAGCUAGUAUGUGUCGUGUACGUUUUCUUUUAUACGUGUUUAUCGGCAGCACUAAAUAUUUUGCCUCCUGAAAGUAAGCAUUGGCUAGUAAUUCUGUCUGAUAAUUAAAUGUAAUGACCAUUAGACUAUAAGUAAAUAAAUGAUUUCGUAUGUGAAAUCAGCCUUAAAACAUAAUCUCGAGUCAGCUAUAUUUUUUUGUCUUUGUACAUACAUUACAUGAGUUAUGUUCUGUGGCCCACAGGAGUCUCUGUGAUGUAAAAAAUGU